AUGGCUUCGAUCAUGCAUCCUCAACAGACGAGGCAUGGCGCUUCCAUGCCUUCUGAUCUCGCAAUCCCUCCUUCACAGCAGUAUGCCCCGUCGAGAUCACCCACUCCACCAGCGACGAGUGAUUCCCCAAACCCGGUCGACAUGAAGGUCGGUUCUGACAUUGACUACCCCGAAACACCCAUUACAGCUCCCGCAACCCCACCAACCACUCCUCCCCUCACUUCAGCAUCUUUAGUUCCGUCCGUGGAAGUCCAGGACAUCACCCCACUCUCUCCAGCAUCAAAAUACCCCUACUUCUCCUCCGCCCUCCCGGAUCCAAUCCGCGAACUCACAGCUGAUCAACUCGCGAUCGCAAUGACCGCACAAUGCAAAGCCCCCCUCCUCGACUCCAAGAUCGUGUUCCCGUGGGCACAUGGCUUGCAUCCUUCGAACAGAGCUCAAUGCUACUUCUUUGCCGGUGCGAACCCGUCUGCGCUUCGUCCACCGCAACUCAGUCGUUCGUUGCUCAUUAUUCGUGUUGGUCCGUCUAAUUCGCGUAAAGCGUGGGUUCGUGGCGCUGUGAGACCGGAUGAGGUCCUCGACAUGAUUGAAGACAAGUUCUUGGAAGCCGAUGUCCGCGUCGGUGUCGGAUUGAGGAAUUUCGGAAUUCAGGUUAGGAAGUGGGUUAGGCACGCCGAUGUUGUCGUUUACGGCGCUCCCGGGACGAAGACGGAGGAGGUAGUCAAAGUUGCAAGGAGGGUCUGCAGAGCCCAAGAAGACGAAAGGAGGAACGGGAAUACGAAGGAGGAGUACGCAACCUUUCUCAUGGCUGACCCCUUCGAGGCCUUCGAGCAAAAGUAUUUUAGUUUGGUGAGUGUGAGUUCGAAGGGGAUGCCCACGCCGCAUGCUCUUGAUUUCUUGAGCGAGGAGAGGGAACAGAUGAGGAUCUUGACUACGGCGAGCCCAAUCGCACCGAAUGUUUAUAUGGGGAAUACUGCGGAUUUGGAUUCGAGUCCGUACUCGUCUACCCCCGCAAGUCCCAUGAUCAGACCCGUCGGACUCUCCUCCACCGUCGCCACCGACGCGGACGCAGGCUCGACUGACGUGGAUGAUAUCGAUAGCAUCGACUCCAACGACGACCUCACUUCUUCCCGUUGGGAUGUAUGCAUCGAAGCCCGUCCCGACGUUGACGUUCCCAGCCCAAACAUGUUGGUCAAGGUCAGCGAGGCAUUGGAAAGCAUGAACGGUCCAUCGCCACGGAAGACCGUUCAUUUCGAUUUCCCGGCGAGUGGGACGUUGGGGCCACAAGCUAAUGCGCGUCCGGGGUGGGCGGAGAGGUGCUUGGGUGUUUGUAAGUGGUUGUACGAGCAGACGACCGGCGACCAGCACGGGCAGGUCAAGGAGGAUAAAGAUGGUGAUGGUGAUGUCGACAUGGUACACAACAAACGCAGGAAGUUGAAGGUUUUGUUGCAUUGUGGAGAUGGGUAUACCGAAACGAGUCUUCUCGGUCUCAUGUACGUGAUAUACGCACACGCCUGGACCGCCGAAGAAGCGUGGGUAAACAUGCACAAAGAGCCCCUCUCACGCAACUUCUUCGCCUACCCCUCCGAUGUCCGCGCACUCAACGAACUCGAACCGUUAUUGUUGAAGAACAGUCCGGCGAAUAAAAGAGAUUUGAGGAGUUUGCCGAGGCAGGGGUGGUUCCCGUAUGGGAUGACGUUUAGCAAGUUUGAUGGAUCGUUGCCAUCGAGGAUUUUGCCGCAUCUCUAUCUUGGCAAUUUGUUGCAUGCGUCGAACCCUGCUCUGCUCAAACAGUUGGGAAUCAGGCGUAUUGUCUCCGUCGGCGAGCGUCCAACUGCUGCUGAAUGCCGCGGUGAGGAUGUGAUCGCGUGCAAGAGGACGGAACAAACGAACGCAGGAAAAUUCGAGUGGUUGUACAUCGACAAGUUGCAGGAUGAUGGUGUUGAUUCACUUAAUGGCGAGAUGAUCGAGGAAUGUCUCAAGUUUUUGGAUGCGGGGUAUCGCCAAGGCACGCCCACGCUCGUUCAUUGUCGCGUGGGCGUGAGUCGUUCGGCCUCCAUCUGCAUCGCGGAGGUGGUGAGACGCCUACAAAUCUCGGUGCCCAGGGCAUACCUCUUGGCCCGCGCACGCAGGUUGAACGUGAUCAUCCAGCCCAAUUUACGGUUUAUGUACGAGUUGAUGCUAUGGGAAGAGGUCGAGAGGAAGAGGCGCGGGGAAGGAGGCGCGGACUGUGGGAGGGAGAUGGAGUGGGUACACUUGGCGCGGGAGAUCAAUGCGUUGAAUCAGGUUGCGUACGGCAACUCGGUCAACACUGCCUGGGUAGACCCUCGCUACCACGUCUACACUCCUUCCGCCGAUCAUGUCGAUUACGACGAAGAAGCCAUCAUCUCCCUCGACAAAACACCACAGAUGAGCCGCGAGGGCGCGAUUGGGUACUGUCCUCGUUUGGGCUACGCUGUUGUCUUUGGAGAGCCAUGCGCGCCUGAUCCAGCCAGAUCAGAAGAGCUGUUGGUGUCGUUUUUGGAUUUCUGUACGGGGCGUGGAUUGAAACCAUUGUUUUUAAGCGUGAGAGGGCCCUUUGCGGAUAGUCUUGCUAUCAAAGGAUGGAACUACAUGGAGUUUGCAAAGGAGCAAAUCAUCGUACCAGCAGAACCAGAACCUCGCUCGCGCACCAAGAACCUCCGCCGACAACUCAAAAACGCAAUGGAACAAGGCCACGUUGAAGUCUACGAAUACGACAAACUCAACUCUCCCGAUCCAACCCUCGAAAAACACAUCCAAGAACUCGUCACCGGAUUUCGCUCGAGCUCCAAAGCGCGUAUGAAGCUGUACAACUCCAGACUCAUGCCGUUCGCGUUCGAGGUUUAUGGUCGGUGGUUUUAUGCGGUGGUGCCGGGGGGUACAUUGGUGGGGUUGUUGACGUUGACAAAGUUGGAUGGACAGAGUGGGUUUUCGAUUGAGCAUUGUAUAACAUCACCCCUCGCCCCGCGCGGAACCUCCGAACUCCUCAUCUCCCACGCCUCCUCCACCCUCCGCUCAUACCCAUCCCCACCUCUCUACCUCUCCUUCGGCACAUCCCCCUUGGGGCAUUUGGGCAAACUAUCCGUGGCCGAGAACAAACUAGCAACAAAGUUCGCGAGAUCAGCAUAUAAACUGAUUGCGAAACUGGCGAAUUUGCAGGGAAAGGCGAAUUAUCGAGAGAAGUUUGGGAUUGGGAGACAGGAGAAGUUGUUUGUGGUUUGUCGGAAGGGGGACUUUAGUUUGAGGAUGAUUUUGGCGAUCUUGUUGGUGUGUUUGGAGUGGAGGGGGUGA